UUUGAGAUGCUGCGAUUAUGGGUCCUGGCGACCCUUAGUAACAUUGAGCCUGCUCAACCAUUGCUUUUUUCUGGCAACAGUAGCAACGCAAAAACAACACUCAGCUUUUCCCUCCUUCCUGCUCUUUUCAGAAUCUUCAUCUUUAUCCGUAUUCACUUCUGCUAGUGAUACUCUCUCUUUGCCCGCAGGUUGGACACCGCCUGUACCCCAUAAAACCCCUCCGCUGCCUGCGCCUACAACAGUACCCUUUCAGCUCAAAAGACAAUCAAGAACAAGACUUCAAACACAGGCAAAAUGGGUGACGCUCUCCUUCAUCUCAGCAACCGUACCAAGUUGGAAUGGCAGGCCAACUUGAAUACGGAGUAUACUCCAGCGCGGAACCACCGCAGAACCAGCAUCAUUGGUACCAUUGGCCCAAAGACCAAUUCCGCUGAGAAGAUCACAAUGCUCAGAAAAGCCGGACUCAACGUUGUCCGAAUGAACUUCUCCCACGGCUCAUACGAGUACCACCAAAGCGUGAUCGACAAUGCCAGACAAUCAGCCAAGGAAUAUCAAGGACGACCUGUGGCCAUUGCCCUCGAUACUAAAGGCCCCGAAAUCAGAACUGGCAAUACUCCUGGUGACAAGGACAUUCCUAUCCAGGCAGGGCUGGAACUCAACCUGACCACGGACGACAAAUAUGCCACUGCCAGCGACGAUAAGAACCUAUACGUCGACUACAAGAACAUCACCAAGGUGAUUGAUACUGGCAAGCUGAUCUACGUCGACGAUGGAAUUCAAUCCUUUGAAGUGCUCUCUGUGAUCGACAGCCAAACCAUCCGUAUCCGAGCCCUCAACAACGGCCAGAUCUCUUCCAAGAAAGGCGUGAACCUUCCUGGUACCGAUGUUGAUCUCCCUGCCCUCUCCAAGAAAGAUAUCGCCGACUUGCAGUUUGGUGUCAAGAAUGGUGUCGAUAUGAUCUUUGCCUCGUUCAUCCGCCGUGGAGAGGACAUCAAGCAUAUCCGUUCAGUUCUGGGACAAGAAGGCAAAGAGAUUCAAAUCAUUGCCAAGAUUGAGAACCAGCAAGGUGUGAACAACUUUGACGAGAUUCUCGAGCAAACCGACGGAGUCAUGGUCGCCCGUGGUGAUCUCGGUAUCGAAAUCCCCGCCGCCAAGGUCUUCAUUGCACAAAAGAUGAUGAUUGCAAAGUGCAACUUGAAGGGCAAGCCUGUCAUCUGCGCCACACAGAUGUUGGAGUCAAUGACCAACAACCCCCGACCAACCCGUGCUGAAGUGUCUGACGUCGCUAAUGCAGUUCUUGAUGGCGCUGAUUGUGUCAUGUUGUCCGGAGAGACCGCCAAAGGCAGCUACCCCAAGGAAGCCGUAACAAUGAUGCACGAGACGUGCUUGUUGGCAGAAGUGGCGAUCCCUUAUGCUAACACCUUUGACGAGCUGAGAAGUAGUGCUCCCAGACCCAUUGACACUGCCGAAUCCAUUGCCAUUUCAGCUGUUGGUGCCAGUAUGGAAUUGAAUGCAGGUGCCAUCCUUGUCUUGACCACCAGUGGCUCAUCUGCCCGACUUCUCUCCAAGUAUCGCCCCGUCUGCCCUAUCAUCAUGGUCACACGAAAUGCCACUGCGUCCAGAUAUGCCCACUUGUACCGUGGCGUCUACCCAUUCCUGUUCCCAGAACCCAAACCCGACUUCGCGGGAGUCGACUGGCAAGAAGAUGUGGACAAGCGAUUGAAGUGGGGUAUUUCCAGGGCCAUUCAACUUGGUGUCCUUAACAAAGGCGAUGCCGUCGUCUGUGUGCAAGGAUGGAGAGGUGGACGUGGUCAUACCAACACCAUCCGUGUUGUCCCUGCUGAGGAGGAUUUGGGUCUGGCUGUUGAUUGACUUACAACGGCAGGUGAAUUCUUUGGCACGCCAACCAAGUCGAAGCAGUUCACAUUCUCACCACCAACAUCACCACGAGUCAAGUCUCGACCGGUCUCACGGGGGCUUCCUACACGAGGGUAAGGGAUGGUGUGUUCGAAGCUCAUGACACGGGAAUGCGAUGCAAAACGAUUGUUCGAGGUAACAGCGUACUUGACCGAGGAGUUGAUGUCCUGAUUAGCAACCUGACUUAUGAGGAAUGUUUAUCUGUAAUGCAAGGCAAUGAUCCUUGAAAAUUCCGCCUGAUGUUUAUUCUGUUGGCUGAUGCUCUACGCAUGUAGGAGUGAUAUUUCGCUGUCGCCUCCGCCUUGAAACGGGACUUUGGGCUCGCCUUCAACGUUGUUAAUAACUGCAGUCGGUCGUGUCUUAUUGGAGCGUGGAAAUUCCAGACGUCUCUUUAUACGUGGUCCUGCCCAAAAAAUCUCAGGCCGUAGCUUGCCAAUUCACGUGACAGGACUGACAACAUGGGUGGGCUGUGGUGGCUGCUCUUAGCACCGACAAGUCAAGACCACAAAGGGGCCAAAAAGAACAUUUGUGGUAGAAGACACGAUGGUGCUAAUCCUUCCAUGUCGAAGCUGAGAAAGAGUCUCGCUGGUCAUAAACAACACAUGUGAUCUUACUGAGAUAUCAAGUAUAACACUUUGUCCAACAUCGAUUAAAGGUCAAAUAUGGAGAUGCGGGAUGUCUCGGCGUAGACCCAGGAUCCAAU